AUGGUGACUUUGGCAUCCGUGCACCGGCACCUGGGCAACCUCGGCAGAAACAUCGCCCAGGCGGCCACUCAGCCCUCCAAACUUCAGGCAGUGCUCUGGGCCACAGCCGGGGUGAGCUCAGUGGCUCUGCGACCCAACUUCUCCAGCCCUGCCUGGGGGGACCGGGGCGCGGUCAGCGCUGCAGCCCGGCAAGGUGGCCAGGUCCAGGCCGCCUGCAGCCUUUGCUCCGCCCGCGGCAGGGGCGCUCGGGCCUGCGUGCCACGUAGUCGGGUCUGGGCGGGCGGCCGCGGGCCGGGCCAGGAGGGGCGGCGGGGGCUCCCCAGCAAGGUCCGGGGGGUGCGGCCCCCGGCAGACUCCCCCCGACCCCCGGCGGCCCCUAGCGCCCCGCAUUUCCUCCCGGAAGUCGUGCAGGAAAUCCGAGCGCGGCCGGGCACGCCGGGGCGCAAAGCCUGCAGCCCGGGCACGGGGGGCGCCGCGAUCCCGGGCCGCGUCCGCGCUUUGGGGGCAGCUUUCGGGAGCCGCCGCGUCCCCUCGAUUCUGGAAAGCAACAAACACGGCCUGGGUGACCGGGGACCCCCCGGCCCCGUGCCUGGUCAUGCGAGCGCGGGACCACCGGGUCCGCCUGGUCCCCGCGCGCGGGCGGACCGCGGGGGACUGUCCCCGCGCCCCGAGUGGCCAGAGAAACUUGUCACCUCCGGGAGCCAAGAUGGCGCAAAGGGCGCAGGGACAGUGUCCGGCGCCGGGAGGCCACCCCGCCGGGUCUCCCCCGUCCCCUCUCCGCGGGCCGCCGGCCGGGAGGACUCGGGAGCAGGACAGCGCCGCCGGGUCCCAGACUCGCCGCGUCGGGCGCGGCCCGCUCGGCUUUCGGGUCCCCAAACUUUGCGCCGCCACGCGAGCACCGGGACCGGUUCCCGGAGCGCAACAAGUGGCAGGGCCCGGCCCGGCCCGCGGGCGCCGCCCCCACGACACCUCCCGGGACCCCCGAGCCCCGCGCCCACUCCGCUGAGCUUCACCCCAACUUGGCCAGCCGGGAGGCGCCGACCUGCAACUCCGCCGGGGUGCAGGCGGACGCCCCCGAGCUGCCCGAGGGGUCUCCAAACCGCGCCCCGCGGCCCCCUCCGUGCCCCCGAGCCCCCCGAGCCCCGAUCCGCGCCCUGGCCCCGAGCGCCCACGCGCCCACGUCCCGGGUCCCCGCGCCCCCCGCCCGCGCCUCGGACCCCGUACCUGCAGCCCCGGCGGGCAGAGCGGGUGCGCCACGUCGCGGGCCGGGCGCGCCGCCCCGGGCCCUUUAUACCGCACCCCUCCCCGCCCCUCCGCCCCGCGCCCCUCCGGGAGCCGCGGCCGAGCGGCGGGACGAGCCCGCGGGAUGAGGGCGGCCGCGGAGCCCGGAGGCGCGGGGACCCCGACACCCAACGCUCGGACGACCCGGGCCCCGGGUGGGGCGCGGGGGGUCCCGGGGCGGCGGGCCCGGGCGGGGGGCGGCGCCGGGGGCGGGCCCCGGGGGUGCGCGCGGGGUGGGGCGGGGUGGCCCCCCGCGGGGAGGAGGCGGGGCGCGGGGGGGCGGGCCGGGGCGGGGCGAGGCGGCCCCGCGCGGCUCUACUCGCCGGGAAGGCGGCGCCGGCGGCGGCUGCUCGGGCUGCGUCCACUCGCGUGCCCGGCGCUCGCAGCGGGCGCCUCUGCAGCCCCCCGGCCCGCCGCGGGCCCCCCAGCCCGCAGCCCGGCCCGCACCUCCCCCGCCGGGGCGCGCCGCCCGGCCUUGUGGCCCGGCCCGGGGGGCUUCCCGCUCCCCCACCCCACAACUCCGGGGCGCCGCCGGCUGCGACCCCCAACUUUGCCUCCUCGCCCCCGGUGCGCGCGAACCGGACCCCGAGCGGCCACCCCAGCUCGGAGCGCAGCCCCUUCGGAGAGGGACCUGGGAGCGCCGCGGCGGCUGCCUCGACUUCCCCCGCGGGCGCGGGAGAGGACCCCCGGAGCCGGAGGAGCGGCCGGAGCGCGGCGAGUCGCACCUGGUGA